AUGUUCUUACACCCGAGCUCCCGCCCCAGGGACAACACUGAACUGGACCCGUUAAUCGUCUGGAGAGGCGUACACAGUAAUGCAUUGGUGCAAUUCGGAGGCAUCCGCGGUGUCGCAAGGCAUUCGUUCGCGGUGCAUCCUCGCGUUGCGCAGCCUAAUCGCCGGACGUUCAGCUCGGAACUGCGCUUUGCGAAAUCGCGACGAGCUCCCAUGGCCGAGUUCGUCGUAUCGCACGGCGUCCUAUCGAGCAGGCUCCGGCUUCUUGACGGUUCGAUAGGACCGUUAGCGUCUAGAACUGAAAACCUUUGUGAGCGCAACGUU